GGCAACCUCAGACAGGUGGAGGAGACGUCCUCAAGCAGCUGAACUGCACCGUGGUUGGAGCUGAUCGGGCAGGACUGGGCUGGGCUCUGGCUGGGCUGCAGGACUUGCAGAGGUGGCGGCUGUGCACGCUCGGUGCGCGGAUCCUCCUGCUGGAUUCACAGUAUGAUACCAGAUCCAAAACAUGGUUUGGCUGAUUUUCCCAUCAUGAGCCUUUGCAGACAUGCUGGAAACUCAAAUGUGGACUCGGGGAAGACGAAGGAUGUAGUUGCAAUGGAUUAAUGAUGUGUACACAUGGGCUUCGAUUUUUUUCCUGAGAUUAUUUGCUUCUAAUAUUUAUCAGCCUGUCUUGGCCAUGGAGAACCAAGCAGCCGAGCCGCAGAACUAUGAAGAUGUGCAGAAAAGCGGCUAUCUCCGCAAGCAUAAAUCAAUGCACCGGCGAUUCUUCGUGCUGAGGGCGGCCUCGGAGCAUGGUCCUGCUCGACUUGAGUAUUAUGAGAACGAGAAGAAAUUCCGCAGUAAAUCACCUGUGCCCAAAAAAGUCCUGAACCUGGAGACUUGCUUCAACAUCAACAAGCGGGCAGAUUCCAAGAACAAGCACAUGAUAGUCCUUUAUUCCCGCAGCGAGAGCUUUGCCAUCGCCGCAGACAGCGAGGAGGUCCAAAAUGAGUGGUACCAAGCAAUGCUGGAUCUCCAGUGCAACUGUAAAACUCCUGAAGACUAUGGCAGUAGUGGAGAGUGUAGCUCUCCGUCUCCUGUUCCAACCUUCAAGGAAGUAUGGCAGGUCAAGGUUUGGCCUAAAGGUCUUGGACAUGCCAGGAACUUAGUGGGCAUUUACCGGCUGUGCCUAACUGACAAGACGGUCAACUUUGUCAAACUCAACUCUGAUGUGGCAGCUGUGGUGUUGCAGCUGAUGAAUGUUCGCAGGUGUGGCCAUUCAGAGAAUUUUUUCUUCAUUGAGGUGGGUCGCUCAGCGAUUACCGGCCCUGGAGAGUUCUGGAUGCAGGUGGAUGACUCUGUGGUGGCUCAGCACAUGCACGAGACCCUGCUGGAGGCCAUGAAGGCCCUAAGUGAGGAGUUCCGUCAGCGCAGUAAAUCUCAGUCUGUGGGGACGUCGUGUGGAGGUGGUACUGCUUCAAACCCCAUCAGUGUCCCGAGCCGUCGGCAUCAUCCGAAUCUGCCACCAAGCCAGGUGGGCUUCUCCAGACGAGCCCGCACAGAGACCCCUGGAACAGGAGGCAGCAGCACGAGCACUUCACCUACUUCACGCCACGGAUUUCCGAGGGCACGAACUGCCAGCAUCGGGGCCAGGUCGGAGGAGGGCGGAGCAAGUGCCAAAGGAACAUGGGCCAGCUCCAGCCCAAGUCUUAAUGGUUCCUGUUCAACUACGCCGACACUGAGGCCCAAGCCCACCAGGGCCCCAACUCCUGCUAAGAUUACCCUCAGCCUUGCACGUUACACGCCUAACCCUGCUCCCUCUCCGGCGCCGAGUCUGUCCUCCAGCUCUGGUCAUGGCUCAGAGUGUGGCCUAGUGGGAGCAGCAGUGGGAGGAAUGAUGAUCUGCUCCUACCCUCGCGUUUCUCAGAGAGUUUCUGUUUCAGGUUCACCGAGCGACUACGGCUCCUCCGAUGAAUAUGGCUCCAGUCCUGGGGAACACUCUUUGCUCGUACCCAAUCUGUCCGGACAUCACGGAGAAGGCUCCUCCAGUUAUAUAGUGAUGGGACAGCGAGAGGGUCUCCUUGGUUCCCAUCAUCGCUCAAAAGGCCGACGGAUUUUGCGGCGCUCAUCCAGUAGGGAAUCUGAGGCAGAGCGCAGACUACUAAGUAAGAGGGCUUCCCUGCCUUUGGCUGCCCAUGAACGACUGACCACACAUAGAAAAGAUGAAGAUGAUGAGGAUGAUGAAGAAUAUGCCAUCAUGUCGCAGAGUACUAACCGAGAGAGAGCUGAUUUGCACCAUGGCUCAGGGGGGUUGGCAGUUGGAGGUGGGGAGCUUGAUGCAGUAGGGAAAAAUAUGAAGAGGGCUGACAAAAGCAGGCGAGAAGUGGAAGGUGGAGCAGCCGUGGAUAGUGGCUAUAUGUCAAUGUUGCCUGGAGUCACGUCUCCUCCUGUUUCACUCUCUCUCUCGAUAGGUAUGUCUGACACCAGUGCUAAACCUGGGGUAGAUGAUGAAUAUAUGGCCAUGACCCCCAACAACAGUGUCUCCCCCCCUCAGCACAUCGGCCAGCCCAGCACAGAGGGCUACAUGGUCAUGUCUCCCAAUAGCAGCAGCUCAACAGACCUGCAUGGAUUGGGCAUGUGGGAUAGCAGGGCCAGCAUGGAGAGCCGGGCUGCAAGUGACUACAUGAAUAUCUCACCUGUCUGCAGCCGCUCUGCCUGCAGCACACCGCCUUCCCACCCCGAACAGCACCAACUGCAACCAAAAAUGUUCAAUUCCUACUUCUCCCUGCCACGAGCUUAUCAACAUACUCUCUACACUCGCUUUGAGGAGGACCUAAACAAAGGGGAAGGAAAAAAGGACAGCAGUAGGCAUGAUAGCGCUGGAAGAGAGGGGGGAGUGGGAUACAGCAAGAGAAACAAAAUUGCAGCAGGCUCUGCAGGAGGCUGUCAACUCUCCAUGUCUUCCUCUUCCUUCUCCUCCAGCUCAGCCAGCAGUGAGAGCCUGGAAGACAAGUUUAUAUCUGCAGGGAAAGGGUUAAGUGUAGUAAGAACUGGAGCAGAGUACAAGUUUGCGGGAGCACAAAAAGAUGGGCGUCAUCAUCAAAAACGUGGAUCAAGUAGUAAGAGCCCAAAGCAACAAAGGAGGGGUGUGUCUUCAGACAUCACUAAAGCAAACACCCUGCCCAGGGUGAAGGAGAAUCUGCUGUCAUCAGUAUCUCAAAACGUCGAUGAGUAUGUCAGUAUUGUGUUCAAUGAAGACAAUAAGUAUGGCGGAGGGCGACGUUCUGGGUCUGAACGUGGACAACCUGUGAUCCAUGGAACCCUCCGGCCUUUGAAUCAACCACUUAUCUGCCAUGAUAAUCCUGUUAACCUUCCCCGCAGCUUCUCUGCUCCGUUGUCCACCUCCGCCGAAUACGUCACCAUGGAUUUAAGGAAAUCCUCAUCGCCCCUGACUCCUGUUAGAUCCAAAUUCAGCGCCCCACAGGGCCCACCAGCUGUUGCCCCCAAGGCCCGACAUGAACACAGCACGUCCUCUUCUCUGGCAGCAGAGGGCAAUGCCGGGUACAGAACAAAAGCAAAGAUGGCAGCAAUGCCAACAGAUGCCCCUACUCCAUUUAUUGACAUCAAAGGUUCAGAUCCCAGCAUUUCAGCGAGACCUGCCAUCCACUCUGGUCAACCCUCAUCCAUUGAUCAGGAGACAGGCUUGGGGCUUUCCCCUGUCAAGUCCUUCCAGUCUCCUGAGCGGAGCAGCAGAUUGGUCCGAGGUGACCCCCAGGGACGGCAGAGCCACCGUUCAGAGACUUUUAACUCACCUCCCUCCCUACCACGCCACCCACCCUCUUCUACCUCCAUCUUCCCAGAGGGCAGCCAGGCGGCGAGCCAUCGGCAUGGUUUGGAUUGCUCACUGUGGGAGAACAGGCAGGCAGCUAGUUUAUCUGCCACACCUCCACCACAAGCCUCAACCUCAUCUGCUGAACAAGGCCUUAACUAUAUUGACCUGGACCUGGCCAUUAAGGAGAGCCCUCAAGCCGGAGUGCAGCGUACCUCUGCCGCCUACAACAUCGGGGGAAGCGCUAUGGGCUGCAGUGCUGACUCCAGCCUCAACACUUAUGCCAGUAUUGAUUUCUAUAAGUCAGAAGAACUGAGAGCACACCAGAACAGUAGAAAGGAUGGUCAAGAUUGUUGAGCUUCAUCUUGGAUCUGAGCGUGAUGCCAAUGUGAUGGCUCCAAACUCCAAAACUCUGUCUGUGAGUGGCCCAAUCUGUUGCCACAACUUAACUGUACACUGGAGUCUGAACACUGAAAAACAAACUCAUCCCCAUCCCGUCGGCUGUAUCUGUCAACCAAAUGUGUGCCAAACACACACACACACACACACACACACACACACACACACACACACACACACACACACACACACACACACACACACACUCACAAGGUAAGGGAAAGGUUUUGUUUAUGCCUCGUUUUGAACAUAAAUGAAAUUUGAUCAUCAUUUAACAUAAUAUAGAUAAAGGAUGACAAUUUGAUAUGUGGCGUGUGUGACUUCUCAGGUGGCCAUUAUGGCAAAAAAGUCCAUCUGUGCAUCUUAAUUUAAAACACAUUGUGAUUGGUGCAUGGGCCAAUCUAUUGAAGUCUUGUAAAUCAAGGCUUUAAGUGGCAGCUGACUCGAUCUCAGCUGCAUUCUGGAGUGUUUAUUUUUUGGGUCCCAAACUUGAAUGCUAAAGGUUUUAGUUUUAAUAUAUAUUAUCCUUUGUCCAUAUGUUGAAUGAUCAUCAGGUGUCAUUUUGACCCAAAAUGGAAGGAAAUGCAGAUUGGCAGUGGUUUCAUACACUCAUAUAUGCUGUCACUGUAAACAUAUUUAAUUUAUUAUAUACAGUUGCUAAAAAAAAGCCUUUAUACUUGUUGACCACUUUUCUUGUGUCACUGACGGACUUCAAAAUGUGCUUAAUUUCUGAGGUUUAACAGUUUAUGGAAUUGGCAAUGAAAGUGUGUUAUAUAAAUUAAAUUUAGAUAUAUUUGUGUAUUCAGUCAGUUUUUCACACAAGAAGAAAA